AUGCCGAAGCAACCCCUGAAAUCCAAGAAUCGGAGAUCCAACAACAACAACAACAACGACGACGACGACAUGGAUGACUAUCUCUACGUGGUACUGAAGGAUACAACAUCAUGGGAUUCAUGGCUGCCCUAUAUCAAGUCAAUUGCUACUCAGUACGAUGUGUGGGAGCUUUGUGAUCCAUCCCAAAAGGUGGCACCACCACCAUUGGCGCCACCCACCAAGGUGAUCUCAAUUGAAAAAGCAAAGGAGCAGUAUAAGGAUGACUGGUACCAAGCGAAGAUGCUUCUCCAUGAAGAAUGGAUCGCAGAGAACGCUAUCUAUACCCGGAAGAAGAACGGUGUGGGCAUGGUAGUCAGAGCAAUUCGAGGCACAGUUCAUCCCACAUACCAACCUUUGAUCAUCGAGUAUGAAACCCCAUGGGAGUUACUAUACAACCUGCACAAGAGAUUCGCUCCAGAGAGUGACCCCACAUACCCAGCUAGGCUUCGUCGGCAAUGGCGGAGCCUGGAUCGAGGGGUAGAUCAAAGCACAGAUAUCGACAAAUGGCUUAUCAACUGGGAAACAAUGCAAACGCGGUGCAAGCGAGCGAAAUUGCCGGAAGCAGAUAAUGCCAGUCAUCAUUUUCUUGAUGCCAUAUCGGCGCUUUCACCUGAGUUUUAUGGAACCUGGGUUUUGAAAUUGCAAGACAGGAGUGACAUUGAAUUCACCGAACUUCUCGGUCGGUACAGAGCCCAUUGGAGGAUCACACACGGCAAGUCGACUGGUCAACGGGAGAACUCAGAGUAA